CUAGUAAACAUCAUCAUCAUCAUGAAUUCUUUUGCAUUGGCAGUAUUUUGCGCCCUUCUCUCAGUGAGCACCGCAUCCUGGUGGGGUGGCUAUCCUUCCACACUAACAUCAAGCGUCCUAUUGAAAAAUCCAUCACUUGCUACCACUGUCAUUGGAUAUGAUGGAGGCGUCGUCUCUGAAAAGAUUGUUCCCGGAUACUCCGCUCACACUGUUCCCUUGGUCACUCCAAUUAUUACUCAAUCUGCUCCCAUCUUUGCUCAAGCACCACUUCUAAGCUAUGGUUCAGUUGCUCACGUCGCUCCUUUACCUCUUAAAACUGGUACUCUCAUCGAUGGACCAUCCGGAACCAUCAAAACUUCUGGAUCCGCUAAUGGACUCAUUGCUUCAACUAUCUAUUGA